AUGGCAGCCGAGCUCAGUGACUGGCUCUUCCCCAGCCGCCUGAGUGCGUCCUGGCCAUUCUCUGCUUUUCUCAGGUUUCCUCUUGGAGGGCGAGGACGGCUCAGCAGCCUCUCUCCUCAGUGCCUGCAGCUCCUGGGUUCCCUGUCCAAGUUCCUGAGAGAGAAUCUGAUUGGCUCAGCUUACCGCAUCCUAGCUCAGCCUCCUGAUUGGCUGCUGUUGGGUCAGUCACAGGCUGAACCAAAACCUGGAGACCUGAUUGAGAUUUUCCGCCCUGGUUACGCACACUGGGCCGUCUACGUGGGGGACGGCUACGUGGUGCACCUGGGUCCUCCAGGUGAAAUCGGGGGAGCGGGGUCAGCCAGCCUCAUGUCCGCCCUGACAGACAAGGCCAUAGUGAAGAAGGAGCUGCUUUAUUUUGUUGCCGGGAAACACACGUACCGUGUCAAUAACAAGCAUGACCAGAAGUACCCACCGCUGCCUCCCAGCGAUAUUGUGCGCCGCGCGGAGGAGAAGGUGGGGCAGGAGAUACUCUACAAGGUGACCAGCGACAACUGUGAGCACUUUGUGAAUGAGCUGCGCUACGGAGUCUCCCGCAGUGACCAGGUCACCGGAGCGGUUGUGGCUGGCGGCGUGAUGGCUGGCAGCAUGAUGCUCCGCAUGGCACUCUGCUAUUUACCUGGUUUGUCAGUAGGCCUGGGCCUGGGCCUGGCCGUCUCGGCCUUCAUUGGGUCCCUGAAGGACACAGGCGAGCAAGCAGGAAGUACAGAGAGGUCAAGGAAUCAUCCCAGCAGCAGCCGAGGUUCCCACUGGGCAGCCACCCCCAGGAUGGCUUCCACCUCUGGGCCCCCGCCUUUCAGGCUGGAGACCUAUGGAGGCUGGGAAGAUGGAGCUGAUGUGCACACAGGACAGCAGGGGCUUGGGGACGUGCUGCCCCCCAUGGAGUCACCGUAUGUGCCGGAAGACCAGAACUUCUCCCCUCAGAUCAGAGUGAACCUCAACUACCAAAAGGCAGCAGGUGCCAGAAAGAGACGUAGGCGCAGGAAAUAUAGAAAGACAUCAGUGGCUGCCUCCUGCACGCUUCCUACUGGCGAUCCAGCCUCUGGGAAUUGAACCAGAGACCCCUUGGUUUGUGGAUCAACAAUCAAUGACUGAGCCACCCAGCCAGGCCAUUCAGGCUGCUUUUCAAGGAGCUAUAAAAGCACAGGAAGACUUAAUUGGGGAAAUACGGCUGGUGUGAAUGCUAUUAAAGACACAGUUGGGCUCAG